AUUAUUAAUUCACUUUAAUGUGUGCGAUUCCAAGCAAUCUACGACGGUUCGCAAAGAACUAAGUUGUUUAUCGCAACCGAUUCUAUAUAUAGGGGUAGACCGAGCGGUUUGCAGUUAUUGUGAAACGGUGUGCCACGCCGUAUAGAUAGUUCAGUGCCUUUGUACAGCAGGCACGAAAUAAAACAAAAUGGCUUCAAGAGACCCCGCGACUGACCAACUUGUCAACUUUAAGAAAUUAGUUAAGGACUCACCUGGAUACAUCACCACCAAAUAUGGUGCACCGGUUGGAGUGAAGACUGCAAUCCAAACUGUUGGAAAGAAUGGACCAGUUCUACUACAAGAUGUUGAAUUUUUGGAUGAGAUUUCAUCAUUUGAUAGAGAACGUAUACCAGAAAGAGUUGUACAUGCUAAAGGAGCAGGUGCCUUUGGCUAUUUUAAGGUUACUCAUGAUAUCACCAAGUACUCUGCAGCAAAGCUCUUUGAGACUAUUGGCAAAGAAACACCAAUUGCUGUUAGAUUCUCAACUGUGGGAGGUGAAAGUGGUUCAGCUGACACUGUCCGUGAUCCUAGAGGAUUUGCAGUCAAGUUCUAUACUGAUGAUGGAAUAUGGGACUUAGUUGGUAACAACACACCUAUCUUCUUUAUCAGGGACCCCACACUCUUCCCAAGCUUCAUUCAUACUCAGAAGAGAAACCCAGCCACCCAUUUAAAAGAUCCUGACAUGUUCUGGGACUUCAUGACCUUGAGACCUGAGACCAUGCAUCAGUUAGUAUAUUUGUUUGGUGAUAGAGGCAUCCCUGAUGGCUACAGAUUCAUGAACGGUUAUGGGUCUCACACAUAUAAACUUAUCAAUGCCCAAGGAGUAGCACACUGGGUCAAAUUCCACUACAAGACUGACCAGGGUAUUAAAAAUUUGCCUGUGGAUAAGGCAGCUGAGCUUGCUUCAACAGAUCCCGAUUACUCUAUCAGAGAUCUAUAUAAUGCUAUAGGAAAAGGUGAAUUUCCAUCAUGGACCCUUUAUAUCCAAGUAAUGACAAUGGCCCAAGCUGAGGGUUGCAAGUUUAAUCCAUUUGACUUAACAAAGAUUUGGCCCCAUAGUGAGUAUCCUCUUAUACCGGUUGGAAAGCUAGUACUGAAUAGAAAUCCCAAAAACUAUUUUGCAGAGGUUGAACAGAUAGCCUUCAGCCCAUCUAAUUUGGUACCUGGAAUUGAACCAUCACCAGACAAGAUGUUGCAAGGACGUCUAUUUGCAUACAGUGACACCCACCGCCACCGUCUUGGUGCUAAUUAUCUUCAGAUACCUGUGAACUGUCCAUUCCGUGUAACGGUUUCCAAUUAUCAGCGUGAUGGGCCACAAGCCAUGAGCAACCAAAAUGAAGCUCCAAACUAUUUCCCCAAUUCAUUCUCUGGGCCGCAAGAGUGCCCACGAGCCCACCGUCUACAGACAAGAUACAACGUGAGCGGUGAUGUUGAUAAAUAUGACAGUGGCCAGAGUGAAGACAACUUCUCACAGGCUACAGCUUUAUACAAACAAGUAUUUAGCGAUGCUGAAAAACAACGCACUGUUACAAACCUCGUCGGAAAUUUGAAGGAUGCUGCUGGUUUUAUUCAAGAGCGUGCCGUUAAGCUUUUGACACAAGUCCAUCCAGAUCUUGGCAGCAAGGUGUCCGCUGGCCUUGCUCCAUUCAAAAAGUACCACGCUAACUUGUAGAUCGUUAUUUAAGACUGAUAUGGGUACUCUAAGCUAGUUUAGUAGACAAUUUGUUGUUGCUAUACAAUUUUGACAAUUAUUUUGUAUUCUACUUAUUUGGGAUAUUUUGAACAAAAUGGCCUUUGCUAGAGCAUAUUAUUUUAUUUCAUAUUGUUGUAUACAUUUUUUAAUAUAUCAUA